UUUUUUUUACCUUUUUUUUUACGUGAGGAACACUAUUGUAUGUUAGGACCGAUCUGAUUAUGUAUGAAUACUGAGAAAAUCAACAAAAAAGUUGCAGAGGAUUGAUUUAAACAAAUAUCAGUAAAAGACAAGAAAAUCACGUUUUUGGGGGGUUUUUUCUUAGUUUUAUUGGUCUUGUUUAACUUCAUAAAAUUUUUUAAUUUCCCGAUCAGUAUUCUAGUUGUUUAGCAAUUUCCUUGACAAAAGAUAAACCAAAAGUAUUUUUUUAUUAAGAAAGUGACCCAUCAACUACAUUAAAUGGAUCAGGAAGAAAAUUUGUCCACACAGGUUGAUGAAAUUGAAGCUCUUUCAGCCAUAUAUCCUGAUGAAUGGAAAAUAGAAGAUGAGGCAUUCAGAACAUUUAGUGCAACAAUAACUGAAAACAACAGAACUGCAACACUUCUCAUCACCUUGCCAGCAGAAUAUCCAGCCACAUCACCUCCAUUCUACCUUUUGACGGCACCAUGGAUGAAAGAACAGGACAGAGAUGAAAUCUACAAUCAGUUGGAACAAGUAUACCUAGACCAUGCUGGAGAAAGUAUUCUUCACCUUUGGAUUGAAAAAUUACGAGAACUAUUGCAAGUUGUGAAUCCAACUACUGACCAGGUUGUCCAUGAGACAGUGGCACUGGUCGAAGAUGACAUUCCAACAAAGUUUCGUGUUUUAGAAAAUGAGGGUUCGGAUCAAGAAUGCCCACCUAUAACGAGUGCCGACCCGUUUACAGAAAGAAAAAGCACCUUUCAGGGUCACGUAGCUACCGUAACCAACACCACCCAAGUCAAGUUGGUUUUGGCCAAGUUGUACGAAAAUCGUAAGAUUGCCCAAGCUACACACAACAUCUACGCUUACAGAAUAUACAAUGAACAGACGAAAAUGUGGCUUCAAGAUUGUGAUGAUGAUGGCGAAACUCACGCCGGUGGACGUUUGAUGCAUCUACUUCAGAUUUUAGACGUAAAAAACGUCAUCGUAGUCGUUUCCCGUUGGUUUGGAGGCAUUCUGCUUGGUGGUGACCGUUUUAAGCUUAUCAACAACGCGGCACGUGACGCCCUUGAGCUGGGCACUUACAUCGCUUCGUCCGGCAAUGACGAUGUGACCAAGAAGAAAAAUAAGAAAAGGUAGAACGCCAUAAAAACAUUCAAAGAAAGACGCGCACUUCCCAUGGACUUGUUCUAUAUCGAAUUGUGCCUUUGCACCAUCGGCUUGCCACGGCUACGCCGCACUUCUCAGUAGAACCUCUAAAGCACCCAAUGUUUUCUUCGCCUUCUCGUUUAUUGAUUAGAUUAUUGGGCCUUUCGUGACUCUGCUUCCCUCAGAUCGAGCGAAGCAAAGUGAGAAAGAAAAAGCAGCAUACACAUCACAACAUAAAAUACACGAUAUCAUUGAUCGUA